UCAAAACUUCACAUUCUCUGUUCUCUCAACAACAACAACAAAAGAAACCAUCAAAUAACAAAUUCUAGAAAUCAUUUUACCAAAAACUCAAAUUUAAUUUUACAUCUUCUAAUGGAGUGGGUUAGAGGUAAAAGAAUUGGCCAUGGAAGUUUUGCAACUGUGAGUUUAGCAAAGCCCACGUGUCAAAAUUCAGAGGUUCCUUCUCUAAUUGCAGUAAAAUCAUGUGGGGUGUCUCAUUCUGAAUCAUUAGUCAAUGAGAGAUUAAUCUUGGAACAACUUAAAGAUUGCCCAGAGAUUAUUCAAUGUUAUGGCGAUUCAAUUACAAUAGAAAAUGGUCAGAAAUUGUAUAAUGUCUCAUUAGAGUAUGCUUCUGGUGGGGCUUUAUCAGAACAAGUAAAGAAAUUGUCGGAAAAUAAUGUACGGCGUUACGCGAAUUCUAUUUUGAAAGGUUUGAAAUAUAUUCACCAAAAUGGAUUUGUCCAUUGUGACAUCAAGUUACAAAAUGUUUUAUUAGUUGGAACUGGUGACGUUAAAAUAGCCGAUUUUGGGCUAGCUAAGAAGACGACAUUGGGUGUUACUUCAGAGCUGAAAGAUAAUAAUAAUAAUAAAAAAUAUGAAAUUCGUGGUACGCCUAUUUAUAUGGCGCCAGAGACAGUUAUUAAUGGGGAGCAAGAAGCAGCAGCAGAUAUAUGGGCAGUUGGAUGUUUGAUAACAGAAUUGAUCACAGGUACACCAAUUUGGGAUGUUUCAGACAUAAGUGGUCUUUUAAUGAAAGUCGGUGUUGGCGCGGAAAUCCCGGAAAUUCCCGCGAAAUUAUCCGACACGGGAAAAGAUUUUUUGUUGAAAUGUUUUGUGAAAGACCCAAGUAAAAGAUGGACGGCUGAGAUGCUUUUGAAUCAUCCUUUUGUAAGUACUGUUUCAUUCGAGAAAGAAACAGAGAAUCAAAUAUCGCCAAGGGAGGUAUUUGAUUUCCCUGAUUGGGAAUCGGAAGCUUCCACGCCGGAAAUUGAAGAAUUCCGGUGUGGGUUGCCGGCGACGACGAGAUUGGGGCAGCUGCUGACAGAUCAGAAACCCAAUUGGUCUGUUGUUUCAAACAGUUGGGUAAAAGUAAGAUGAUGUCAGCACAAGGCAGAUUCAAAGAAUUGGGGGAUUAAUUCUUUAAAAAAAUUUUGACACUGAAUUUUUUAUUAGUUAUAUAUUAUAUAAAUAGUUGAUGUAGUAAUUGUGGUGGCAUAUUUUGUUGCCAAUCUAGUUGUAAAUACAGAUAGAUAUAUGAAAGGUAUACAUACAUACACAUGACUUUGUUUCUAUAUGACUUCAUUCUAAUUUAUUCUUC